AUGAAUUCACCGGAGAGUGUUUAUAUGUCCCCGUAUUUGGGUGGAUAUAGUAGGGGAUAUGGCUGGACGAGUGGUAGUCAAGAUGCCAAUACACAGGCUAUGAGCAGCACCACGGGCACAACGGGGACAACACCGAUCCCAACGAAUCCAACGACGUCACUCACUCUAAACCUAUCCAACGUAUACAACAAAUGCAACAACCUUUACAACUAUAAACCUUCUAAUAACCCCCGCCGCGUACUCACAAAACCUUCAAAGCCAAUUCAUAAUCAAGGAUACGAUAAUCAGGAUAAUGACUAUAUUUUAUAUGUCAAUGAUUGGUUGGGUGGCGGUGGUAACAAUAAUUAUCUUAUUAUUGAUAUUCUCGGUCAAGGGACCUUCGGUCAGGUUGCUAAGUGCCAGAAUGUAAACACUGGUGAAAUUGUCGCGAUAAAGGUUAUUAAGAAUAAACCUGCGUACUUUAAUCAAUCUAUGAUGGAGGUUACGAUACUUGAAUUACUCAACAAUCAGUUCGAUUUCAAAGACAAUCAUCAUAUUCUUCGUUUACUGGAUCAAUUCAUCCACUGUAAACAUCUAUGUUUAGUCUUCGAGCUUCUCUCCUCCAACCUCUACGAAUUGAUCAAACAGAAUUCCUUUAGAGGCCUUUCCACUUCCCUCGUCAAAGUUUUCACUGCUCAACUUCUCGACGCGCUCGUCAUCCUUAAUCAAGCGAGACUCAUCCACUGCGAUCUGAAACCUGAGAAUAUCCUCCUCAAAUCCCUCCAAUCCCCUCAGAUUAAGAUUAUCGACUUUGGCUCUGCAUGUCAUGAAAGACAGACUGUCUACACUUACAUUCAGUCUAGAUUCUAUCGCUCUCCUGAAGUUUUACUUGGCAUGCCUUACUCCUCCGCCAUCGACAUCUGGUCCUUGGGUUGUAUUGCUGUCGAACUCUUUCUUGGUUUGCCUCUCUUCCCAGGCACAUCCGAGUAUAAUCAGAUUUCUAGAAUCGUUGACAUGCUCGGUCUACCUCCCGCUUUCAUGCUUCAGUCUGGUAAGCAGUCGGCUGAAUUUUUCGAACAAUAUAUCGAUCAAUUCGGACAACCCCAGUUUAAGCUCAAAAGUCUCGAAAAAUUUUCUCAAGAACACAACACUCAGGAGCAGCCUUCAAAGAAAUACUUCUCUGCUUCCACUCUCCCAGAAAUUAUCAAGCAAUACCCUAUUCCUUCCUCCAAGGCCAGGUCUGACAGUGAUUUGCAGAAGGAGCAUGCAAACAGACUGAGCUUCAUUCAUUUUGUUCAGGGUUUGUUGAAUAUGAAUCCUAUUGAGCGCUGGUCUCCUCAGCAAGCCAGACUCCACCCCUUUAUUACUGGUGAGCAGUUCACUGGAAGCUGGUCACCGCCCAACCUUCCCUCUGGAAACAAGUCGGGCUCUCCUUCAGGUUCUACUUUACACUCCAACAGCAGCGCUACCAUGUCACCCAGCUCAUCCUCACAAUACAACGCCAACGCUAGCGCUAUGCCAACAGCCGCUCCAGCAAGCGUACCUACCACACCCAACGUUGAUCAGAUGAGACCUUAUGGCGGUCUCCAGACGUCAAAGUCACCUCAACGUCCGUCUUACCAAUCUGCUCAGGCGUACAACCAGCAGUUGGCAAGCCAAAGCAACUAUAUGGGCCAGCAAACAUCAUCUCAAAUGGCCAAUGCUAAUGCCUAUAGAAAUCCUUUCCCUCCUCCUCCCUCUGCUCAGACCAACAAAGCUCAACCUCCGCUUCCACCAGGUGCACCAAGAUACCAGAAACAAAACGUCUAUCCGGUAAGCUACCAAACUAUGCCACCACCACCACCACCACCUCAAACUAAACAAUGGGGCUCAACGCAAUCAGCUCACCCUGCACAGAUGGAUGUCAUACCUCCGCAGCUCGCUAGAAUCGCCGCCAUGUCAAGUCACGAGAAUCUCGGCAGAGGAUCGUCGAUGACACCAAUAAUCAACAGAGACGAAGCGAUGCGCGAGUGGGAAAGACGUAAUAAGCCAGUAUCACUUGGAGGAGGAGGAAAUGCCGGAGCGACGACGACAGCCGCAGUCACCACAACGCCUGGUGGGCACCAAAAGAGAAACAGUUGGCAGCAGUACCAGCAGUAUCCGCAGCUUGAAUAUCUUCAGGAACAAGCUGAGAGGGCAGCGUCGCAGAGCUACAUGAAUCAAGCGAGGGCUUAUGCAGGUGUAGGUAUGGGUGUGGGAGCGAAUGCAAGUGCACCACACCAACCCCCACCACCACCACCAGCUAGCAAUAUGAAUGUCGUUAUGGAUCCCAUGGUGAACAUGCGCCCGGGUUACUUCGACAGCUACACGGCACCACCCCCAUCUGGAAAUGGAGAUAUGGGUGCGAUGUAUGUCCCUCUCGCACAGCCACAGAAUAGCAUGAGUAUGAAUAUGUAUAACUCUCAACCACCUACACCGUCAAGUUACCAAUCUCCAGCUACUGCCCCCGUCAAUCCGAGCGCACCUGCAAGCACCACCAACGUUAACGUUAACGCUAACAAUAACGCUAACGCUUACAUGAUACCUCCACCACAAUCUCACGCUCAUCCUCACGCUCAUCCUCACACUCACCCUCAAACUCACAUGCAUCCCCCAGCCGCGCCUCAGUCCUCCCUCGUCAGGAGCUACUCCAACUCAAAUACCGCUUACUACGAUCCUAGAUACCCAAGACAGGCUAGGUGA